ACCUUUUUACUUGCCAGACGAUUCUACAAGUUUUGUAUGAACGUCUACUCGUUUGACGGUCUUGUCGUUGCUGCUCUAUUAUUCAUCUGCACCUGUGCUUAUUUGAAACGAGUUCCACGUGUUAGUAGCUGGCUGUUGUCUGAGAAGAAGGGAUUCUUCGGAGUUUUUUAUAAGGCUGCUGUAAUUGGUGUCCGACUUCAUUCUCUCGUUGCUCUUUCGUGUCUCUCUGCCGCCGUCUACGUUCUUUUCGUUCGCUAAAAACAAUGGUUCAAGGAAAGCUCAAGCAAAAGACAGCCUUGCCAAAAGGUGUCAAACAAAAGGUUAAGAAGGCCAAGAAUCCAGGACAACCAAAGAAGGGAAAAUUCUUGCACAUUGCUCCUAAGAAGGCUCAUAUCAUUGAAGCAG